CACAGCCGCCUCCAACGCUGGUUCUACUGUCGCUGGCUUAGCCCCAGCGUUAGCGAUGCUGCGCGAGUUUUUCUUCGCCGGGUCCCGCCUCGACAUAAUCUUCGCCUGGGCCGGUAUCGUCGUCAUCAUCGGCCAGUCCGUCUUCUCUGCGUACAUCAAGUUUGCGAUCAACGGGUGGUACACGUCCUUCUACGACCUGCUGCAGACUUCGGGCGCCAUGCUCUGCAGCAACGUCACCGCUCUGGUUGACGAGGCGGAGGAGGCAAAGCUGACCGAGUCGCGUCAGAAGGUCUGGCUUGGGCUGGUCGAGUUUCUGCGGAUCGUUGGCCCGUACGCCAUCUUCUCGCCAGCCGCGCGCUGGCUGCGCUCGCACUGGGCGCUCCGUUGGCGCAUGUGCCUCAUGCGCUCCUACAUGGCCGGCUGGGACCCGAAUGUCGCGCCGGUCGAGGGUGCGAGCCAACGGCUUCACGAGGACACGCGGAUGUUCUCGAAGGGGAUCGAAACGUACCUCUCUGUAUUCCUCAACUCGUUUUGCACGCUCUUCGCCUUCACGCCUAUCCUGAUGGACCUGGGCACGAAAAUCGCGCCGCCGGCGUGGCCGUCCUUCGCGUGGCUGCACGCGUUCGGACACGGCUGGAUGUUCGCCAGCGCCGCCCUCGCCGCCGCAGUCGGGCUCGGCGUCGCCAUGCUCGCCGGCAGCAAGCUGGUCGGGCUCGAGGUUGCCAACCAGCGGGUCGAGGCGGAGCUGCGACGCGACUUGGUCAUCCUCGAGGCGUGCUCGGAGCGGAUCACGCUCGGCACGCUCGUCCAGACCUCAAACUCCUUCGACAAGGUCUUCGCAUCCCUCUCUGUCAUCUCCGAGAACUGGGGCGGCAUCAACGAGUGGCGCUCCACCCUCGUGCGGCUGAGGCAGCUCGAGGGCGGGGCGAGGCUGGAGCGAUGCCGUCCUCACACCCCGACUCUGGCGCACCCGCACUCUAGGCAAUUCGAGGAGGGGCAGAGGCUGAGCGCCACCGCGAGCAGCAGCCGCGCCGCCGUGAGCAGCGGGAGCGGCACGCCGAUCAGCGACGGCCAAGAGGCGGGGGAGGGGAUGCCGAUGCUGCCCUUUGGCUCGUCGCUCGCCAGCGACCGCGGCUGA